AUGUGCCGAACGCAAGCUGUUGCCGACACGGCGGGUGGGGUGAACGUGCAGGGUCGCGAGCUGCUACCCGCUAAUGUGGUGCCGCGGCACUACAACGUGACCUUGGAACCCGACUUCAAAAAGUUGACCUUUGACGGCACGGUCGUGAUCGAUCUCGACGUGGCUGAGGACUCCAAGUCCAUCUCGCUGCACACCCUUGAGCUCGACAUCCACAGCUCCAAGGUUACAUCAGGUGGCCAAACAGUCAGCUCGUCUCCCUCCGUUACCUACAAUGAGGCCACACAGGUCAGCAAGUUCGAGUUCGACAACUCCCUCUCCAAGGGGAGCAAGGCCCAGCUAGAGAUCAAGUUCACUGGGCAGCUCAACGACAAGAUGGCCGGCUUCUAUCGGUCGACGUACAAGAACCCAGAUGGCAGUGAAGGGAUCCUGGCGGUCUCCCAGAUGGAGCCCACCGACGCCCGCCGCUCGUUCCCCUGCUUCGACGAGCCCUCGCUGAAGGCCGAGUUCACCGUCACGCUCAUCGCUGACAAGAAGUUGACCUGCCUAAGCAACAUGGACGUGGCCUCCGAGACGGAGGUGAAGUCGGAGCAGACCGGCACCACCAAGCAGGCUGUCCACUUCAACAAGUCGCCGCUCAUGUCGACGUACCUGGUAGCGUUCGUGGUGGGCGAGCUGAACGUCAUCGAGACCAACGACUUCCGCGUGCCCGUUCGUGUGUACGCGCCGCCGGGCCAGAACAUUGAGCACGGCCGCUUCUCGCUGGAUCUCGCGGCCAGGACGCUCGCUUUCUACGAGAAGGUCUUUGGUAUUGAGUUCCCGCUCCCCAAGAUGGACCAGAUCGCCAUCCCCGACUUUGCCCAGGGCGCCAUGGAAAACUGGGGCCUGGUCACCUACCGGGUGGUGGACCUGCUGCUGGAUGAAAAGGCCAGCGGCGCGGCGACCAAGGAGCGGGUGGCUGAGGUUGUGCAGCACGAGCUGGCGCACCAGUGGUUCGGCAACCUUGUCACCAUGGACUGGUGGGAUGGCCUGUGGCUCAACGAGGGCUUCGCGACCUGGGCGUCGUGGUACUCGUGCAACAUCUUCUACCCGGAGUGGAAGGUCUGGGAGUCGUACGUGGUCGACAACCUCCAGCGUGCGUUGGGUCUGGACUCGCUCCGCAGCAGCCACCCGAUCGAGGUCCCCGUGAAGAAGGCCGACGAGAUCAACCAGAUCUUCGACGCCAUCUCGUACUCGAAGGGCUCCUGCGUGCUGCGCAUGAUCUCGACGUACCUUGGCGAGGACACGUUCCUGGAGGGUGUCAGGCGGUACCUCAAGAAGCACGCGUACGGCAACACGCAGACGGGCGACCUGUGGGCGUCGCUCGCGGAUGCCAGCGGCAAGAGCGUGGAGGAGGUCAUGCAGGUGUGGACCAAGAACAUUGGUUUCCCUGUGGUGACUGUUUCGGAGAAGGAUGACAAGACCAUCCACCUGAAGCAGAAUCGGUUCCUCCGCACCGGCGACACCAAGCCCGAGGAGGACCAGACCAUCUACCCCGUUUUCCUCGGCCUGCGCACCAAGGACGGAAUCGAUGAGUCGCAGACGCUCGACAAGCGCGAGGCUACCUUUGAGGUGCCAAGCACGGAGUUCUUCAAGCUCAACGCGAACCACACCGGCCUGUACCGCACCGCCUAUUCGCCCGAGCGGCUCGAAAAGCUGGGCAACGCUGCCAAGCAAGGCCUGCUGAGCGUGGAGGACCGCGCCGGUAUGAUCGCCGACGCGGGCGCGCUGGCCACCUCGGGCUACCAGAGCACGUCGGGCGUGUUGAGCCUGCUCAAGGGCUUCAACUCGGAGGCCGAGUUUGUCGUCUGGAACGAGAUCAUUGCGCGUGUGUCGUCGGUGCAGGGCGCGUGGAUCUUUGAGGACAAGGCUGAGCGGGAUGCACUGGAUGCGUUCCUGCGUGACCUGGUGAGCGCCAAGGCGCACGAGCUGGGCUGGGAGUUCUCGGACAGCGAUGGGCACAUUUUGCAGCAGUUCAAGGGCAUGAUGUUUGGGACUGCUGGUCUCAGCGGAGAUGAGACGAUCAUCAACGCGGCCAAGGAGAAGUUCAAGAAGUUUAUUGCUGGGGACCGCGCUGCCGUGCACCCCAACAUCCGGGGUAGUGUCUUUAGCAUGGUGCUUAAGUACGGGGGCAAGGAAGAGUACGACGCAAUCCUGGACUUUUACCGCAACUCGACCAACAGCGACGAGCGCAACACGGCGCUGCGUUGCCUAGGCCGGGCCAAGGACCCCGAGCUGAUCAAGCGCACGCUGGGCCUCCUCUUCAGCGGCGAGAUCAAGGACCAGGAUAUCUACAUGCCGACCAGCGGGCUACGUGGACACCCCGAGGGCGUGGAGGCGCUGUUCGCGUGGAUGACGGAGAACUGGGACGAGCUGGUCAAGAAGCUACCCCCGGCGCUCUCGAUGCUAGGCACCAUGGUCACCAUCUUCACGUCGAGCUUCACGAAGAAGGAGCAGCUCGAGCAGGUGGAGGCGUUCUUCAAGGGCAAGAGCACCAACGGAUUUGACCAGUCGCUGGCGCAGAGCUUGGAUGCGAUCCGCUCCAAGAUCUCGUGGGUUGAGCGGGACCGGGCGGAUGUGGCCGCAUGGUUGAAGGAGAACGGAUACCGUUCGUAA